AACAGCCGCGAAGACAGCAGAUCCUCUUACUUGUUUUCUUGUUGCGGAGCAACCGCCACCGUAGAGAGUAAUAGGAGGCGUGAUGGAGGGAGUGAAGCCGGUGGCGAGGAUGGUGCUGGUUCAAGUAGUGUUCGCCGGUGUAAAUAUCUUCUACAAGCUCGCCUUGAACGAUGGCAUGGACAGCAGGAUUCUGGUGGCGUAUCGGUACCUCUUCGCGGCCGCCUUCUUAUGCCCGCUCGCCUUCUUCAUGGAAAGGCAAACGCGACCAAAGAUGACAUGGAGGGUGUUGAUGCUAUCGUUCUUCAGCGGGCUUUUAGGGGGUACGAUAUCGCAAAAUCUGUAUCUAUCAUGUGUUCGUAUUACAUCUGCAACCUUUGCUUCAGCAAUGACUAAUCUCAUACCGGCAAUCACAUUUGUUCUGGCAGUCCUAUUCAGAUUGGAGAGUUUAGCUGUUCUUACUGCGUCUGGGCAAGCCAAAGCUUUAGGAACACUUACAGGCGUUGGUGGCGCCAUGCUCCUCACCUUUUACAAGGGAGCAACCAUUAAUCUCUGGUCCACACAUAUCGAUCUUCUCAGGUCUCAUAACGAUGAAGGAGGAGCUCAACCACAACCUCAACAGGCCUCGGGCAACCAUGUCAUGGGCUCGUUGUUUGCGGUCAUAAGCUGCUUAUCCUACGCGAUGUGGCUGAUCAUUCAGACAAGGAUGAGCAAACAAUACCCUUGUCAUUACACGGGCACAGCGUUGUUGUGCUUCAUGGCAGCAGCGCAAUCUGUAGUUUAUGCCCUCUGUGGAGAUAGAAGUAUGAGCAGCUGGAGAAUGCGGUUGGAUGUGAGGCUUCUUACAACAAUCUACUCCGGGGUGGCGGCAUCAGGGAUAAUCCUCAUAGUAUUGAGUUGGUGCAUCAAGAAAAGAGGUCCUCUGUUUGCGUCCAUAUUUAACCCUUUGAUGCUUAUCAUUGUGGCUAUCCUGAGCACGUUUCUCCUGAAUGAACAGUUGCACCUCGGAAGCGUGAUUGGAUCAGCAUUAAUCGUGGCGGGGCUUUACGCCGUGCUUUGGGGUAAAAGCAGAGAGGCAGCCAAAGUGGAGGAGUCGCCACCGGAGCUCACAGACGUCUUCGUCGUUGAUGCCAGCAACGCCACUGGGUACCAAGAGAAGAAACCAUCCGCCCAAAUAGGAAAUGUACAGACUUAGAGCCAAAGAGUCUCUUUUUUUCUUUUUUCUUUUAUUUUUGUAAGUCCUCAAAAAUUAGACACAUCAUUGUUAUACUGAAUACUAUUAUGGGAGGAACUCCCAAAAAAAUAUUAAUCGAGUUAUUG